AUGGACUCGGAAUUUUCUGUGCAAUUGCAAACACAAGCCUACGGCGUUCUAAGUUCCAAAGAUGUGCAUCCCAUGGAGACCCUCUUCUCUCAUCUCUUCAGCCCCCAGGAACCCCAACGAUAUCAAGCCUAUAGUCUUCUCCAUUGUUGCAGAAAGCACUUCCCAGAUUUGUUAUUCAUAAAGCUCUUCUAUGUGAUCAGGCAAGGCCCUUCUGCUGACAUUCGUGCCAGGUCAGCCCUGGUUCUUCGUUUUGUGCUUUGUGACCUUUGGCCUAAGUUGUCUUUGAAUGCUCAAAUUAACAUGAAGAACAACUUUCUUGUUUCUCUUCAAGAAGAGUGUUCAUUGCCCACUUUGAGGAUACUCUGUGCCAUUGCAUCUGAAAUGGCAUCAGAGAUUUCUGGGGUUGGCCAUGAAUGGCCAGAAUUCAUUGAGUAUUUGUUGAAGUCUUUUCAGUCGGAUUCUGAAAGGUUUCAACUUUCUGCUUUGUGGGUGCUUGCUUUUUUGCCAAAAGUGUACCGCCCGGUUGCUUGUAAAGCUUUAGCUCCCAGCAUUGAACCUAUACACUUGGCUUUUUUAAGUGCAUUGAAUUCGGAAAAUGCUGAUAUUCAGGUCGCCACAUUUAGUGCUGUGGUUAGUUUGAUUCAUUUGUUUUCGAAUUCAUCAGGGCGGAAUUGGUUUCAUGACCUUUUGAGAGGGAUGAUGGUUGGACUGUUUAAUUUGUUAAGUCGCUUGAAAGAAGACUAUGCUCGAGGGGCUCUCAAAGAGUUAAUAAUGUUGGUAAUGGAAGAGCCACAACUCUUGAAGCCAUACCUUAAUGAACUAGUACUUGACAUGCUUAAGAUAGCAGAGAGUGAACAAGUGACAGAGGGAACCAAAGUGUUUGUUCACAAAUUCUUGCUAACCAUAGCAGAAGCAAGUGAUUUGGCACUUACGAUGAGGGGGUUACCAUAUCAGACUUUGGUUAGGCUGCUCACAGUCCCAAUGAAACUGCUUCUCUGUAUAAAUGAUGACAAUGCAUGUUACAACAAGGAAAGUGACCAGGGUGCGAAUGUCGGGAAGACAGAUCUUGGAAUUUCUUACCUGACAAAAAUUUCAACUGCCUUAGGUGAAAAGACAAUGACUCCCAUUGCUUUUGAGUUGUUCUUGGAGUACAUGGAUGCUUCUGAUUGGAAGAAGCGUCACGCAGGAAUUUCUAUGCUUGCAGUGAUUGCAAAGGAGUGCUCCGGCGAAAUGGUACUGAUGAAAAAUUGUUUGGAACAAGUUACGAGUGUUAUUUUGAAAUCAUUCCAAGAUCCCCAUUCUCGAGUUUGUUGUGCAGCUUUUAAUUUUAUGCAACUUCCUAUAACCUUAAUAGAGGCAAUGCAAAUCCUCCAUCAUUUGCGGAUUGUGCCUGCACUAGUUACUGCACUUGACCAACAUUCAAUUCCAAAAGUAAAGGAACAAGCUGCCUCAGCAAUACUACACUUGAUAAAGAAACUACAUUCAGAUGGCUUAAGAAUGCACACAGACUUGGAUACUAUAUUGAGCAAACUGCAGAAAGAACCACAGGUAUAA